UCGUGUUGUAGAGAAAAUAAUUCGUUUUUGAUAUUAUUUAGUGUAACGUUAUUAGAAAAUUAUUAAUUAUAAAUCGAACGUUUAUAUAGUUAGUUUUAAUAUUGUGAAAUUUUAAUAUUGCAACUUUGGCAGAAGCGUACGGCAUGACAUUUUCUGACAUUUUGAGUUACGCGACAGUGGGUAACCCCGUUAGUAAGAAAAUUGGUGAAAUGUUUAAAGAUAAUGCAAACGCUAGUUCUACAGUAAAAACUGUAGUCAAAGCUACAGCUGGGGUUGUAGAAAAGCCGCUCCAAAGCUUGCCACCAUUAUGGAGCCUUCUGGGUCGUAACAAGACUAUUGUAAAAAUUGCCGGUUUAAGUGGGGCAGCUGCAGUUAUUAUUGGUGCAAUUGGUUCACAUUCGCAUUUUAAUGGUCCAGAAGAACAGGAUAACAAAUUGCUUUUUGAAACCGCCAACCGUUUUCACUUCUUCCACUCGAUUGUAUUGCUAUCAGCUCCAAUAGCUAAGUACCCUGUAGUGACUGGAUCACUUAUUGGAAUCGGCACAUUGUUAUUCAGUGGUGCCUUGUAUUACCGUGCGUUUUCAGGCAAAAGUCUUGUGAAAAUGAUGGCACCCUUUGGCGGUACUUGCCUUAUUAUGGGCUGGUUGACAUUUAUGUUGUAAACAAAUAAUUUUAAUAUAAUAAUUACGAAAGUAAUUUAGUAUGUAAGUGCACAAGGCAUUUUAAUAUAACAGACAUGAAAACAAUUAUUUUGUUUUAAAUGCACUUUUACAAGUUUGUAAAUGUUAAACACAAAUAAAUAUGAUUGAUUUUUAAAAA